AUGACCAUUGACUCUACACUUGAUUUAAACAACUUGAAAGAGGACAAUCCCAGUGUUGUACUUGAGAAAAUCGGGGAAAUCCGCUUUGAGGAGAGACCUGUUCCUGAAAUCCCCGAGCCAAACUAUGUCAAGAUUGCAAUCACACAUACUGGACUAUGUGGAUCCGAUGUCCACUAUUACGAGCACGGUUCUUGUGGAUCCUUCAAGGUCGAAUCUCCAAUGGUGUUAGGCCAUGAAUCGGCAGGGAUAAUUGUCCAAGUUGGCGACAGCGUUACACGGUUGAAGCCGGGAGACCGAGUUGCAUGCGAACCAGGUGUUCCCUCAAGACUCUCCAAGGAAUACAAGGCCGGCAACUACAACUUGUGCCCCCACAUGGCGUUUGCAGCAACACCGCCCUACGACGGCACACUCUGCAGAUACUAUGUAUUGCCGGAGGAUUUUGUCGUCAAAUUACCAGAUCAUGUCUCACUAGAAGAAGGUGCGUUGGUGGAACCUCUAUCUGUUGGUGUACAUGCAAACAGACUAAUUGAUGUGAAAUUCGGAGAUUCGAUGGUGGUGUUUGGAGCAGGACCAGUUGGACUUCUUGCCGCUGGUGUCGCUAAGGCGUUUGGCUGCGAUAAGGUUCUCAUUGUCGAUAUUGUGAAUGAGAAAUUAGACUUUGCAGUGCAACACAAGUUGGCAACACAUUGUUUCAACUCAAAAGGGAAAACUUUUGAAGAUUUGCUUGCAUGUAUUAAAGACAUCUGGGACGAGGACGAAUUGCCAACUUGUGGCAUCGACGCCACGGGGAACCAGUAUUGCAUCAACAUGUGCAUUCGAUCCCUAGCCAAGAAGGGAAGAUUUGUGCAGGUCGGGAUGGGCGGCGACACUCUGGACAAGUUCCCCAUAGCGGCCGUUUUGGAGAAGGAGUUGACGGUGAAGGGCUCGUUUAGGUACUCUGUUGAUGACUACAAGUAUUCUGUCCAGUUGUUGAAGGAUGGGAAAAUCAAUGUUCGGCCUUUGAUCACCCAUCGCUUCAAGUUUGAACAGGCCGUGGAGGCCUAUGAGUUUUCUAAACAAGGCAAGAGUAUCAAGAUCAUGAUCGAAGGACCUCCAUAA